AUGACCGACGUCUUCCGACUCCUGACGCGCUCCGCGACGUUCUCGCGCCCCGCACAAUCGAAACCCGCUGCAUCUAAAUCCGUCCCGUCGAACCCCGUUCCAUCGAAACCCACACCGGUGGUCCUAAGCGCGAAAGGUGCGAAGAAACGCAAGAUUGCAGUCGACGCGGAUGUUGCGGUGCCGGACUUUUUCGGACAGGGACAAAAGCGGGGUGCUGAAGCUACGGCGUCGGCGGGGAAGAGGGUGAAGCGCGACGGCAGCGAUGAUGAAGCUGCAGAGAGCGACGCAAAGGAGGUGUGGAGGCGGCUGCGGGCGAACAAACUGAAGUUCACCGUCUUGAGCGCGAGUACGGAUGAGCCAAAGGAAGACGAGAACGCCGGGGACAAGAAAAAGAAGAAGAAGUCGAAAGCGAAGGAGGAAGAGGAAGAGAAAGCGCAAGCAAAGAAGAAGGCGAAGAAGACGGGCAUUCUCAUACCACCGAUGAUGGCGUUCCCCGAGCUGCGCAACUACAACCUAUCCCGACGGGUCUACGCGAACGUCCUGGCGCAGGGAUACGCCAGCCCGACGGAGGUGCAGAUGGGUGCGCUGCCGGUGCUGAUGAAGUCAGAUUUGGAGGUUGAGGGAGUGAGCAAGGGGACGCCGGUGGAUCUCCUCGUGUGCGCACCGACGGGAAGCGGAAAGACUUUGGCGUACGUGUUGCCGCUCGUCAACAGACUUCUGCGGGCGCGGAAAGAAGAUGGAGGCAAGAAGGGGAUCAAGGCUGUGAUUCUUGCACCGACGAAGGAGCUUGUGGGGCAGAUCGCCAACGAGGUGAAAAAGUUGAUCGAAGGCACAGGCAUCAAGGUUUCGCAAUUCAAGAAGGGACAUCGACCAGUUUCAGCGGAGGACACGGUGCCGGAGGACGAUAAGACGCCUUGUGUGAAGUCGGAUAUCGUCGUUUCCACGCCGCUGGUCUUGAAGCAUGCCAUCGAGUCGGCUGGUGAGAGCUCGAUGACGGGCUUGAUGGGCUUGGUCCUCGACGAGGCCGACGUACUCCUCGAUGAGUUGUUUCUCGAGCAGACUAUGUCGAUCUGGAAGACAAUCCGAGACCGGUCCAAAAAUGGCUGUCUGAGGACCUCGCUUUGGUCCGCCACGAUGCCGUCCACCACUGAAAACCUGAUGACGAAGACACUCCUCGAAUCUCCUACCAACCCCCCUGCCGUGCUCCGCCUCGUCGUUGGGAUCAAAGAUACUUCUCUUCCCUCCAUCUCCCAAUCCAUCGUCUAUGCCGCCACGGAAGCGGGAAAACUCCUCGCGCUGCGCAACCUCUUCACCACCAGUCUCCGACCCCCGCUCCUCAUCUUCAUGCAAUCCAUCCCGCGCGCACAAGCACUCUACAACGAAAUCCAAUAUGAUCUUCCCACCCCCGGCCGCAUCGCUGUCCUCCACUCCGAACUCACAGACACGGUCCGGUCCGAGACGAUGACUCGCUUCCGGCUCGGCGAGAUCUGGAUUCUGAUCACCACCGAUAUCCUGUCGCGCGGUAUGGAUUUCCGCGGCGUGAAGUUGGUCAUCAAUUACGAUCUGCCAACCAGCGUCGCCAGCUACAUUCACCGCGUCGGCCGCACCGGGCGUGCCGGGAGUGAGGGCGGGUCGGCAAUAACCUACUGCACGAAGGAAGAUAUUCCGUACAUCAAGGGAAUCGCAAACGUCAUCCGCGCGUCGGCGAAGGGUUCCGGUGGCGGCGAAGGCGGCGUACAGAAGUGGCUUCUCGACUCGCUACCAAAAACGAGCAAGAACGACAAGAAAAAGCUCAAGCUGCAUGGUGUCGAGGUGCGCCAAGGUAAGGAUGCGAAACACAGGAUUUCGACGAAGAGUGGGUUCCAGAGGAAGAUGGAGGAUCGGAAGAGGGGCGCGUUGGAAGGCAGUCGGAGGCGGAAGCUGGCGGAGGCCAGCGAGAGUGAGGAUGAGGGCGAUGGAGGUGCUCCACUGGGCAAUGAGGGUGGGAAGGAAGUAGGGGAGUUCACUGGGUUUGAUUGAUUGAUUGGGAAUGGCGUCUAAAAGUUCUAUUCUACUGCGAUGUAUGUACUUGGAAGAUUCCAGAUGAUAGUGCACUGGGCGGCGAGG